CCACUGCUAGUCCGCCCGCGGUGUCCUCCUCUGCGCUCUCGGAGGCGCACCAGCCCCCUCAGCCUCCCGCGCCUCUGCUGGCACACCGCUCGCCACUGCCUCGGGCUGCUGGGCGCUGGACAGGGGCCGAGGGCCAUGGCAGCAUCUGCACGCUGCUUCUCCCCAGCGCUUCUCCUCUGGAUCCUGGUCCUCUCGGAGCCAAGCUUCACCCAUGCUCUGGAGUCCGCCCCUAAGGAAAGCAACGUCCCAGAGAAUAACAUCAACCGGCAGAGUCCGGAGCUGUGGCAGCCCCGGGCCCGGCACACGCGCAAGCAUGGACUGAACAAGAAGGGCAGGGGCCACGUGCCAGAUCGGGCCGGCGCCGGCCUGCCGGGGAUGCUCCCGGGUGGAGCCGAGAUGCGGGUGGUCCGGGGUCCCGCUGGCCUGAUGCAGGAUAAAGAUGUGUUUCUGGGCUUUGAGUUCCCGUACCCCGAGAGGGACAAUCAGUUUGAAAGAGGGAGGAAGCAUCCCAGAGAGCACAAGAGACGGAGGGACAGAGGGAAGCAACAUCGAGGCAGAAGUCUGGAUCCAAAGCCCAGCUCUUUGAUCAAGAAGGUGGAACUCUCUGAAGACCUGCCCCCCCACACCCCAAUGGAGGAAUCAUCCACCAGCCUGGCCCCCACCAUCCUGUUCUUGACCACCUUUGAGACAGCAGCAUCCACGGAAGAAUCACCAGUCCUGCCUGUUACAUCCCCUCUGCCCCUGGCUCGGAUCAGGCCUGAUGGAGAUGUGAUGCCGACCCUGGACAUGGCUUUGUUUGAUUGGACUGAUUAUGAAGACCUAAAACCUGACAUGUGGCCCUCUGCUAAGAAGAAAGAGAAACCUCAGAGUAAGAUCCCAGGCUACGGCAACGAAACCUCCUCGACCAGAGAGGAACCUUGUGAUCACCACCUUGAUUGUCUCCCAGGGUCUUGCUGUGACUUACGGGAACAUAUCUGCAAACCCCACAACCGAGGCCUUAAUAACAAAUGUUUUGAUGACUGCAUGUGCAUGGAAGGGCUCCGUUGCUAUGCCAAAUUUCACCGGAACCGAAGAGUCACCAGAAGGAAAGGAAGAUGUGUGGAACCAGAGUCCAUUAAUGGGGACCAAGGAUCAUUCAUUAAUGUUUAGAGUACCUGGGUGAUGGCCCAGUUUCCCCAUCCCUGUGGACCAUGCCCUGGAAGGUUGGGGAAAGGGGCAAAUUAUUCAUAACCAGCAAUGGGGAAAACAAAAGAGUGGACCAGAUGGUUGUGGAGGUUCUGAACCUGGAUAUCCAGUCCCAACUAUGAAAAGAGGAUGAGAAAGUGGGAUUUGAGACCCACUGGGCUUAAUGAAGCAUUGAACUGCUGGAUGGCACCAACACAGCCAACCCACUCUCCCUUCAUUCUCUCUCAGCCUUUUACAAUGGAUGCUAAUGCUAAGAGUGACCUCUACUGUCACCAAGAGACACUGCACCACCAUGAUAAAAGUCAACAUGAACCAUUGGCAAUGAUAUCUGCAGGAGAGGAAGAGACGACCCAUCAGUUAGCUUCCCUCUUCUAAGCAAGAUCAUCAUUUAGCACCAACUUGGGGUGGGGGUGGAGAGGAAAUGUUGAACAUGUAUUUACUCUUUGUGUUUUUCUGCUUCUUUGGUGGGAGAGAGGUAGACAUAUGCCUCAGUAAAGUCUAUGGCUGGGUUAGGUAAUAGGGUCUUCUGACCACCCUCCUUCUCUAAUCACAGUGUUCCCUCAUCAAAAGCACUCAGUAUGGGCAGCUAGAUGGUGCAGUGGAUAGAACACCAGCCCUGGAGUCAGGAGUACCUGAGUUCAAAUCUGGCCUCAGACACUUAACACUUACUAGCUGUGUGACCCUGGACAAGUCACUUAACCCCAACUGCCUCACUUUAAAAAAAAAAAAAGCACUCAGUAAGUGCCUGUUUGUCUGUACAGAGUCAUUAGGGAAGACCUGGUCCCUGCCCUCCAGGAACUUUCUGCUUAAAUGCCAAUAGCUUUUAGUGGAUAUUCAGUGAACCCAUGAGGUCUUUCAGGUACAAAUAUGAUGCUACUGACUCAGCAUCACUGGUGAGUAUGUCUUUUUGAGUUCAUUUUUCUUCUAAUUUUUCGUUAAAUAUGCCCUAUUCUGUCCACAGUCACUUGUCCAAUCAUUAUAACUAAAGGCACAUAUUUGUGAGACAGUUAGUUGACGGGGAGUCACCACCAUAGAACAGAGCAAAGCUAAAUGGGUAGCCAGGGACAUCAAGUCCAUGUUAGUCCAUAGUUCUUGGUCCCCUGUAUGGACAACAUCAGUAGAAUCCAACAAAAUCUACCUACGUGAUUCUCAGUCUUGCCUAGAAAUCUGAAUUAGGAAGCAUCAGAUCCAUAAGGAUCCUCUAGACUUUUCCUUCUUCUAGACCUAAGGGAAGUCCACAUCUAAUCACCCUUAAUAUGAGGAAGCUUUUUCUAAAACUAAACUAAGUCUGUCUCGAUGUAAUGGAAGCCUAUUUCCUCUGGCCCAACCCUCUCUUGAGAUAGAGGCUACCCCAAUGCUCCUCUAAGACUCAUCCUUCACUUACUUGAGGACAAUCACUAACUCCUGAAUAAGGCGGGUGAUAAUCCUGUUGUCUUCUGCUCUGAUUAGACGUCUGAAGCAUCGUGUUCCUUUCCAAGCAACAUGUUUUAAGAAGGGCAUCGGGGCAGCUAGAUGGUGUAGUGGAUAGAGCACCAGCCCUGGAGUCAGGAGUACCUGAGUUCAAAUCCAGCCUCAGACACUUGACACUUACUAGUUGUGUGACCCUGGGCAAGUCACUUAACCCCAAUUGCCUCACUAAAAAAAAAAAAAAAGAAGGGCAUCGACAAAAUGAAGAAUGUCCAAUAGAUGAUCAAGUCUUACAUGGAUUGGUUCAAGAAACUGAGGGUGUUUAGUUUAGAGAAGGGAAGACUUGGAACAGGGGUUCUUAACGUUUUUCUAUGUCCUAUGCCAUCCUAUACCUAUACUUAGGCCAUCUGCUGAGGCCUGUGGACCCCUUCUCAGAGUCAUCGUUUUAGAUGCAUAAAAGAAAACACAGAGAAUUACAAAGUCAAUUAUAUUGAAAUGCAAGUACAUAUGUGUAUGUACAUGUAUGUGUGUACACACACACAUACAUACAUAUGUAUACACACAUAUAUGUGUAUAUAUACAGACACACACACAGACAUUUUUUAAAGCAAGUUCUCCAACCCAGGAAGCCCAGACUUAGAGGGAACAUGAAAGUAUUAUAUGGGAGAGGGAUUGGAUUUUUCCUCUUUGGCCCCAGAGGGGAGACCUAACGGGUGGAAGUUACAUAGCGGUAGCUUUAGACUCAGGGAAAAGCCAAACUUCCUAACAAUUGUAUCUGUCCUAGAGUGACAUAGGCUGUCCUUGGGGGACUACUUCAAAGGGAGGAGGUUAGCCCGUGAUGCCAUAGGAGGGAUUUCUGAUCAGGUGAAAGUUCUCUUCUGGCUCUGGGAUCCCAUAACUUCUUCAACUUCUCUUCUUCUUCUUCUUCUUCUUCUUCUUCUUCUUCUUCUUCUUCUUCUUCUUCUUCUUCUUCUUC